AUGGCGACUCCGUCCAAAGUGCGCGCCUUUGUGCAGUGGAAAGAAAGCAGCGUCUUUGCGGGCGAGGAGAUUGAAUGCAUCAUCAGCUUCAAGAACACUUGCGACGACGGCUCGCAACAGACGGCCGAUGAGCAGACGACAAACACCCGACACAAGCCUGCUCCGAGGCAGCGUACCGUGACACACUCGACGCAACAGCUGUCUACCGCGCCUUCGGUAGCUCCCUCUGUCGCCGGAUCAAGGGCGCCUUCACAGUCACAAUCGCGUGGCCAUCGACCCACCCUCUCCCUGACCGUCUACCCUCCGCCGCCGACCAGUGCCCAUGCCCGCAUACCCAGUCAUGCUGCCACCAACACCACCACGACGACAACGCGCCAUGCAAAUACCCAUGGCCGCUCUCUGUCAAUCAUGUCAAUGGGCAGCGACAAGGCCGCAACCACGACCCCCGUAACCACCCGUCGCCCUCCUGCUCGUGGCCAUGGUCGCUCUGCUAGUAUGCAGGUCCUAUCACGUACUCCCUCAUACCAGGCGCCAAAUCUGUCUUUCAGUUCCUAUAGAAACCCUUCGCCGCUACAAGACCAACACCCUCCAUUAACACGACGUACUUCGGGCAUCCGUACUGCUCCUGGCACUCCUGCUUUCAACUUCCCUUCACCUACCACAGCCCAGCCGCCCUAUGCCACCACCACUUCUCCCUCGAGACCUCCCUCUGCAUCUCACAUGAUGCCUCCGCCACGCCAUCCAUCGGCUUCUUCAGCCUCCUUCCCACCACCCAACUUUUCAUUCCCACCCGAGUCUCCCGGUACUUCACGAAGAGGCACUCCUACGCUUGGUCGCUCUCCCAUACCCGAAUUCCAGUUCCCUCCCAAAAGCCCCGCUCCACCACAAAGACCACAUCACCCUCCCUCUCCAAAGCCUCCAAACAUGUCUGAUUCUUAUGCCAACCCUCUUUCACGCAUAAUAUCCGAGUCUGGAGCCAACGACACUCCUCGCACUAGCAGUGACUUUUAUUCUCUAACAAACCACUCGUCUGAGACUGUCUCCUCUGACGCAGCCGCUCCACCGACCGGUAGGAUCCUCCCCAAACCGCUCAAUGGACGCAAUCAAUACGCCCCACCGACCAGUCUGCCGAGAACUCAGCUCCCCGAGACUUUGAUGAUGGGAUAUAUCCAGACCAUGGGAUCUUUUGUCCUUGAUGGCUCGCUCGUAAAUCAAGCUCCUUUUGAGGACGUCAAGAGAAAAGGCGUUGUGGGUGGCCAAGGUGGUGGUGGCGUGGUUGGCGUGGAAAAGUCGAAACGUGAGAGUGGCAUGUUUGGCUUCGGCUGGGGCAAUAUAGGCGAAAGUUUAGGUGGCCUCCUGGGCGGUGGUGAAAUGAGCAGUAUCAAGGAGAUGCGUAAUGUCGCAAGCUCAAAGACCAUUCCACUGCUCAGCACUCCACAAUCCAUCCUUUUCGUGGACUUACGGCUUGCACCAGGCGAGACCAAGAGCUACUCAUAUCGCUUCCGCUUGCCGCGAGGGCUGCCACCUUCUCACAAGGGACGAGCUAUCAAGGUACAGUAUCACCUGACUCUCGGUAUCCAACGUCCAGGAGGAAAACAGCAGGUCAAGCACAUAGAAAUUCCUUUCCGCGUGCUUGGAAGUGUUAAUCAUCAAGGAGAAACUCUAGGUCAUGAUUUGAUGUCUCCCUAUGUACUUCUUAGUGACAAGGCAAGGAGUCAGAGCAUCGCUCUUAGCGGUUCAAAUCCACGAUUUCCAUCAACAAAAUCACCCUCAGAUCGAGAGAUAUCAUCUGCUUCAUUGGAUGACUUCUUAUCGUACGCGGAUCAACUGUUCGCCCAUCCAGUAUCUGAUUCUGGUGCAUUGUUAUCUCCCACAGCGGAAAAGCCGUCACGAAGGCGAUCCUCGCUCGAAGAAGCCGCGCCGAAUAAUAUGAAAGAAGCUAUAGACCUGGCCAUCUUGAGGUCAAACAUUUCUUCCGGCUCGCAAGACCAACUAUCGCAGUCUAACAACCGCUUUACGAUUGCAAGAGGUGGCCAACUUGUCGCCGUGAUUACGAUUGUGCGACCAGCCUAUCGCCUGGGCGAAACCAUAAUCGGCACAAUAGACUUUACUCCACCAACACCCGAGAAUGAGUCCGUCACAGAUCAUAUCCCGAGCUAUGGAAUCAAUGUUUGGCUAGAGACCACUGAACGUGUAGACCCAAGCCUGGCUUUGCGAUCGUCGUCUUCUGUGCAGCGAGCAACGAGGAAGACGCAUGCUCAUGUUAGUGAGAGCGUUCUUUUUGCUCGCAAAGUGUCCUUCAGACUCGAGAUUCCUACUACAGCCACGCCUACGUUCGAAACUACAGGUGUGCAAUUGGUAUGGAGAGUUAGAGUGGAGUUUGUGACCGCGAGGGUACGACCAAAGGCAGCUCGCGGAUUGGGCAUUGAUGAUUCAGAGAUUGGUGGUGAAGAGGAAGAAUUGGCACCGACCCCAGACAAAGAAGACGAUCUACUCGAAGAAGUCGGUCGGGAUGAAAGAGGUGUUGUUAAGAUCGCAAAAGAGCGACUAGUCGCCGAGACUUUCGAAGUCGCUGUGCCUGUUCGGGUGUAUGGUGUUGCUGGCACAGGAGUUGACGGGCACGAAGCCGAGACUGAUGGUCUCGAGGUUUGAUCUUUAACUAGGAUAUGACAUGUACCGAUAUACAGACGGGGAACAGACCAAAAAGUGAGAAAUGUCCAUGUACUGUAUAGCAUUCGGUGUGACUAGUCAAUCAUACUUCCUUCUUGCUACUGCAGUUUUUCGUCAUGCGUCAUCUUUGAUACUCAUGUUGUUGUUUUCUCAUGCGACCAAAUUGGCAGUCAGAUCUAUCCCAUAGCAUCUAAAGCAAUCUUUGCGGUUUCACGGGUGCUUCCAAGUAAGUUGGAAUCAUUUUGCAAAUGCUGCAAGCGUUCUCUCCAGAAUUUCCACCUCUCGAUACUUGUGCCCCCCUCUCCCUGCCAGAGAUCACGCUCAUUCUGCUUGACAGCGUGGAUUUUCCCCUCUUUCACUUGUCUUCUGAAGUCUUUGCAAGAACGGAGGAGGUAAUGUUCAUGUGGCGUCCGUGACAGAUCGUAGAGUAUAGGCCCUGCAUAUGAAAGCCACUCUUGUACGGUGGGCAGUU